GGGUCGAGCAGAUCUGCAUUUGACAUUCGUCUACAUGGAUACGCAAUGGCGUCGCCAUCCCGCCCUCUACGCGCUCGCACGACGCAUUCCCGACGGCACGUUCCGCUGCAUUGAUCAUUCCUUCAUUCGCGCUGUCGAGUGCCCUCCUUCCAGAGCCACGUGCGGUCUUCUAACGCUCUCUAAAGGCUGAGAAAUGGCCAAGAAAUCUGCAGUAGAUGAAUCACCAGCUGCUAAUGUGGACACCACUGCGAUCAAGUCCAAAACGCCGUCCAAAUCGUCAUCGAGCUCUUCGAUCUCCCUCUUAACGCCACUGCUGGUCGUAGCAGCCGCAGUGGGCUGGGGCAAGCUGGCGCAGAGGGAGCUCCAGGCCGAGACCAUGGAGGAACUAGUCUCCAAAGUCUCGGGCCGCCUCAGCACGCAGUUCAACGAGUUCUUGGACCGUUCACCUGUCGCAACGGAAGAGCGGGAGCUUCUGUACAAGUACGACGAUGAGACGUUAAUCGCCAUGGAGGUACGCCACCUCGUGAGCGACUUAAACUGCAGUGACGAUAAGUUCGCAGCUAGCCCGCUAUUCGACGGCAAACUCAUCCCAGUGCAGGGGCCCAUGGGAUUGGAGAAGCCAAUGAGCAAUGACCGCGUGUUCUUCAUGCUCAAUGGACGCAAUGAGGGCAUGUACAUGUCUUGGAACGGAGAUUUUAACUGCAUCGGUAAGGCAGCAGAGCUCGCGGCCGCGUGGCUCGGAGCUGACCGCGACGUCAUGGAGAACGGCGUGCGACUGUACAACCAGAUGGGCUUUGCUAUCCGCAAUGCCGAAGAUCUCGCUGAAGCUAAGAACAUCGUCCACAUCCUACUAGACUUCCAGUUGUGGCAAUGGCCAGGCAUUGAAAAGGGACACCAGUAUGUGCUGGAGGACGGCGUGGUGCUCACGACAGUGGCAAUGAGCCCUAAAGUCUUUGACGUUCAGUACUUCCUGACCCAGAACGAGUCUGAGAAGAUCAUGGAGCUCGGUAUGUCUGGUCUGUCUCGCUCCAAGGUGGACGGCAGCAACUCGUCCAAGGUCACGUCCAAGUCUCGUACGAGUCACACGGCCUUCUUAGAAGACAGUCUAUUCACACGCGACUUCCGUGUACGUGCUGCUCGCGUGGCUCGCCUGCCUAGUCCUACGUUUGCUGAGCGUCUGCAACUGCUGCAAUACAAUGCCGGUGAGUUCUACCGUCAGCACUUCGACACGUUCCACUCGCGUGAUUUCCUGCCUAAAGAUGCGAACGCCUUUUACUAUGAAGAUUACGUGGAGUGGGCGAAGUGGGCAGCAGACAAGAUACGUAGUCUGGACCAAAGCAAACUACCCGAGGAGUUCCGUACGGGUGGGGUGUUGUUCCCCAACUCGGAGGACCAGCAGACGUUUCCUAACGCGCUACUUGAAGUAUUCUACCAGAAAAUGGUGGCCACUAAUAUGUUCAAAGCUUUGUUCGACGAGGAAUACGAACGGUGGAUUCGUAUUAACUUGGACAAGGACGCUGUGGACCUUGUGAAGGAUCUAAUGGACGAGAAGAGGCGACCAUCGUAUCUGCCCCGUAUUGUCCAGGCUUGGGAGGAGAAAUUGGAUCGUGGAGAGUUGCGAUACACGUUCCCGAAGCCACAGGUUAAUGGCCAAUCUCACUACUACAACUGGGUGCGUUGGGCUAAAGAGCGCGUGAGCUACCUCGGAGACGACUGCCCGCCUAUUGCUCGUCCAAGUGGUGACUUGUACCCGCAGUACACGGUGGAGUUCCAGGAGCGCUUAUUGGAGUUUGUGUACGAGGACUACAGUGACGACUUCAUCAUUCCAAUGACUAACCAGGAGUGGUUCAACUGGCUCAAGGAGAACCGUGGCCGCAACCUCGUCUUGUUCCAAGUUUUGAAGACGUUCCCUCACUUCGCUGAGCUGAUCAUUCGAGUGUGGGAAGCUCGUGUGCGAAGCCCAUUGCUGCGGUACAAGCUGCCUAAGUACGUGAAGCACUUCCAUCCGCAGCGAUAUGUGACGCUGUUCAUGUAUCUGAAUAACCAGACGAAGAUCGGUGGGGAAACGGUGUUCCCCUUCGCGUUGGAUCGCUUCUCAGAUGAGGAGAUCGUACGUGACGGCAUGGAUGAAUGCUCAAAGGGUCUGGCAGUUCCACCACGUGGACUACACGCCUCACUGUUCUACACACAGACUCCUGAAGGCGAUAUCGAUCACAUGAGCCGCCACGGUGGCUGUCCUCCCCACGAAGGAGCGAAGUGGGGCUCCAACGCGUUUAUGUGGGAUUCGGACGCCGAUGAAGGCGCUGAGCUCUGGACUACCAAAUAGAACAGCAGAGUCAAGCUUUAUGUGGCUACAAUGACGCCCAACUUAUAAUGGAUAACAAGUAGUGUUUGUAUUGAGAAAAAUGGGCUUUGGUAGAUUUUGGGAUGUACCACAGGACGAGUAAUUCCCAUGUUAGAACAACCAAGAUGUUGAAUUCGGACAAGCCAUGCUAUCAAGUGGUUUAAGCACAUUUCCUGAGAUGCUAUGAUGACUAAGUACUGAACCCUUCGCGAACUUCUUUGUAUGAAAGAAUAAGUCCAGGCAAAUCGCUGUCGUUCAUAAUCUAGUAUGCUUGCUGCCGUAGGCUACCGUGGAUGCUAUCCUAGAAC